AUGCUUUUCAAGGGCCCCCAAGACGCAAGUGACACUGUGAUCGAAGAGCGCACAUCCAACACGCGAUUGUUUCACUCAAUUACGACCGGUGGCGCGUUCGUGAACUCACUCCAAGGGCACUUCUUCGAAGCAGACCGGUUCAUCAUGGUCAUGCGGCAAGUCGACGAUGACGAAAUGCAUGCAUGUGGCCCGAUGCUCAGACAGCGGCACUACCGGUCGUGGAUAGAGGUGCGGCCGGUAUCGCCCACCCAUAUCUUAAUGUGCCAUGUCAGUCAUUUGUCGCACGAAUUUCGAGCCCACGACGGGUUUCUGAGUAUGGCCGAGCUCGCGGUGUUGGUGGGCAUCGAUGUGACGGGCAUUGACGACGACGACAAGGAUGCCUACGUGCGGCGCGAAUUCGUCCGACGGGGAAAUGACGAUUUAGUGCCUUGGCGGCAAUACCUCACGGGCUUGUUGCAGGCGUCGUUGCAACAAGACACCACACGCAUAUAG